AUGUCGAUCAACACUAGUUCACUGAUACUCCUCUUCAUACUUACAAUUUUAAAAGGUUUUGCUUUUCAAGAUGUGAAACGGAUUUUGAAUGGCUAUGACGUCGCGCCUCGAGAAAUUCCUUACCAAGUUUCUCUUCAAUACGGAAUGAUUUCACGGCAUUUUUGUAGUGGUUCAAUUAUAAAUAAUUAUUAUAUUGUUACUGCUGGCCACUGUAUAAAAAAUCGAUUGCUCAAAGAUAUUGUUGCGGUGGUGGGUACAACGAAUCUUAAUCAGCCAAAAUGGACUUAUAAAGUUAUUCACUUUUUCGUACACAAUAAAUACAAAGUACCAAACCAUUUUGCAAACGAUAUCGCAUUGUUGAAGGUUGAUCGCCGCAUUGUAUUUAAUGAAUUUGUGUCACCGGUACGAUUACCAAAAGCCCAUGAAGAACUAUCAUACCACCAAAAAGCUGUUGCUUCUGGUUGGGGAAUGACUUCAGUAUUGAAAUCCACUACUUCAGUGACUUUAAAGAAAGUAGAAGUUACGAUAGUCGAUCAAGUGUAUUGCUCUAAUUUGUACGGGAAAAUACAUAAACCAGUUUAUCCUGUUCAGUUUUGUACUCAUGAUGUUCAAUCUAUUAGAAAAGCCACGUGCUUUGGAGAUUCCGGUGGUCCAAUAACAUUCAAUAAUGUUCUAAUCGGGAUUGUGUCUUGGUCUCAUAAAGAUCCUGAAUGCGGCAGCCCUAAAUUUCCCGACGUUCACACACGAGUAUCAGAAUACAUUGAUUGGAUAAAGAGGCAUGCAGUCUAA